UGUGCCAGAUUCCUUCCACCGGAAGUGUGUGUGUGUGCGCGCCAGUGCUUAGUGCUUUAGUGAGGGGCUCGAGAGUCAUCGUAAAAAAAACACACACAAACCAUACAAUGAGUGCAAUGAGUGCAGACGGCAUUAGUGAGUCCGCGACCCCGGACACCAGUCUGUUGGGCCGCGUGGCAAAGUUCUUCGUGGAUAAUCAAGAUGAGCGCACCACCGAAUGGUUCCUGUCCGGGUCGAUCACACCGCUGAUCAUGGUCCUGGUGACGUACCUCUACUUCUGCCUGUACGCCGGCCCCCGGUACAUGGCCAAACGGAAACCGUUCAAGCUGGAAACGGUGAUGAUCGUGUACAACGCAGUGCAGGUGCUGCUCAGCAUCGUGUUAGUCUAUGAGGGUAUUGAAGGAGGCUGGAGAAAGCACUACAGCUACCGCUGCCAGCCGGUCGAUUACAGUCCGAACCCGGUCGCCAUGAGGAUGGCGCGCGCCGUUUGGAUGUACUACAUGUGCAAGGUCGUGGAGCUGCUCGAUACCGUGUUCUUUGUACUGCGGAAGAAACAGAACCAGGUUUCGUUCCUGCACGUCUAUCACCACACGCUGAUGCCGAUCUGUGGCUUCAUUGGCGUCAAGUAUUUCGCAGGAGGCCAUGGCACGCUGCUGGGCGUCAUCAACUCGUUCAUCCACGUGUGCAUGUACGCGUACUACAUGCUGGCCGCGAUGGGCCCGAAAGUGCAAAAGUACCUCUGGUGGAAGCGCUACCUGACCGUGAUGCAGAUCGUCCAGUUCAUUAUCGUGUUCUUCCACACCAUCCAAGUUCAGUUCCAGCCGAGCUGCACCUACCCGAAGUCGAUCGCGGCCCUGCUAUCGCUGAACGCGGGCCUGUUCAUCUACAUGUUCAGCUCGUUCUACGUGCACUCGUACAUCCGCAACAAGGGCGGCAAGGGCGCGGUCACGAAGGGUGGCGAGGAGAACAACAACCAGUUGGAAUGCAAACCAAAGGACUCAACCGCACCAGCACAGCAACAGCCAGCGGGGCAAACGGGUGCGCUCGACAAGAAGGUGCUAUAG